AUGGCUGACUGCAGAUGGGCCAUGUGGCAGCCAGUGAGCACUGGUGAUGAGGUAAUGAACGUGAAGGGCUCAGCCCCAACCCCGGCUCAGCACAAAGUGGCUGACUGGCUGUCUGUCUGCUGCACCUUGGUUGCUGUGGGCCUGGAGCUCCUGACCAGGAGCCAUGGUCCCAGCCGAGAGUGGCCUGCUCCGGCUGCUGGCCAUAGGAAUGUGUCCCAGCAGUGCAUGGUAGGCCAGGGGGCAGGUUGGGGCCUGGUGCAGGACUGGCUCCCCUACCUAUGGCGCCUGGCCACAGCCAGGAUGGAGGAUGGCCACACGCUCUUCGACUACGACGUGCGCCUGAACGACACGAUUCAGCUGCUGGUGCGGCAGAGCCUGGUGCUGCCGCCCAGCGCCAAGGAGAGGGACUCAGAGCUCUCUGACACUGACUCGGGCUGCUGCCUGGGCCAGAGUGAGUCAGACAAGUCUUCCACGCACGGUGAAGCAGCUGCCGACCCUGAUGACAAGGCUGGCCUGGAUGACAAGGACGCGUGGGAUGAGACUGACCUGGGGCUAUACAAGGUGAAUGAGUAUGUGGACGCCCGUGACACCAGCAUGGGCGCAUGGUUUGAGGCGCAGGUCGUGAGGGUGCUGAGAAAGACUCCCUCUCCGGACGAGCCCUGCAGCUCCACGGCCAGCUCGACACCGGAGGAAGGAAUCAUUUACCGCGUGAAAUACGACGACUACCCUGAGAAUGGAGUGGUCAGCAUCAACCCGAGGGAUGUGCGUGCGCGUGCCCGCACCCUGCUCAAAUGGCAGGAGCUGGAAGUGGGCCAGGUGGUGAUGCUUAACUACAACCCCGACCACCCCAAGGAGCGCGGCUUCUGGUACGACGCAGAGAUCUGCAGGAAGCGCGAGACCAGGACGGCGCGGGAGCUCUACGCCAACGUCAGGCUCGGGGAUGAUUCUCUCAAUGACUGUCGGAUUGUCUUUGUGGAUGAAGUCUUCAAGAUCGAGCGCCCAGGCGAAGGGAGCCCUGUGGUGGAAAACCCCAUGCGACGGAAGAGCGGCCCUUCCUGCAAGUACUGCAAGGACGACCCAAACAAGCUGUGCCGCAUUUGUGCCUGUCACCUGUGCGGGGGCCGGGAGGCACCAGACAAGCAGCUUAUGUGUGACGAGUGUGACAUGGCGUACCACCUAUACUGCCUCUGCCCACCCCUCAGCAGCGUCCCCACUGAGGCCGAGUGGUACUGCCCUGACUGUCGGAACGAUGCCAGUGAAGUGGUGCUGGCAGGGGAGAGGCUGAGAGAGAGCAAGAAGAAGGCGAAGAUGGCUUCGGCCACAUCAUCCUCACAGCGGGAUUGGGGCAAGGGCAUGGCGUGUGUGGGCCGCACGAAGGAAUGCACCAUCGUCCCGUCCAACCACUAUGGCCCCAUCCCAGGGGUCCCUGUGGGUACCAUGUGGCGGUUCCGGGUCCAGGUCAGCGAAUCGGGUGUCCACCGGCCUCAUGUGGCGGGUAUCCAUGGCAGGAGCAAUGACGGGGCAUACUCCCUGGUCCUGGCCGGUGGCUACGAGGAUGACGUGGAUCAUGGGAACUUUUUCACAUACACGGGCAGCGGAGGUAGAGACCUUUCUGGCAACAAGCGGACCGCUGAGCAGUCAUGCGACCAGAAGCUCACCAACACCAACAGGGCGCUGGCUCUCAACUGCUCCGCGCCCAUCAAUGACAAGAAGGGGGCCGAGGCCAAGGACUGGCGGUCGGGCAAGCCGGUGAGGGUGGUGCGGAACAUGAAGGGCGGCAAACACAGCAAGUACGCGCCGGCCGAGGGCAACCGCUACGACGGGAUCUACAAGGUGGUGAAGUACUGGCCCGAGAAGGGCAAGUCUGGCUUCCUCGUGUGGCGCUACCUGCUGCGGAGGGACGACGACGAGCCUGGGCCCUGGACCAAGGAGGGCAAGGAUCGGAUCAAGAGACUGGGGCUCACCAUGCAGUACCCAGAAGGCUACCUGGAAGCCCUUGCCAACAGGGAGAAGGAGAAGGAGAAGGAGAAGGAGAACAGCCGAAAUAUGGCACUCUCGUCCCCCAGUGCUGGCAAGGGCAAGUGGAAGCGGAAGUCCGUAGGCCAGGCCAGCCCCGCCGCCUGGGCCACCAAGAAGACCAAGCUGGAGCCCUACAGCCUCACAGCCCAGCAGAGCAGCCUUAUCAAGGAGGAUAGGAGCAAUGCCAAGCUGUGGAAUGAGGUCCUCAAGUCACUCAAGGAUGGCCCGCUGCAGGUGUUCCUGAGUAAAGUGGAGGAGGCCUUCCAGUGCAUCUGCUGUCAGGAGCUGGUGUUCCGGCCCGUCACCACCGUGUGCCAGCACAAUGUGUGUAAGGAUUGUCUGGACAGGUCCUUCCGGGCCCAGGUGUUCAGCUGUCCAGCCUGUCGCUAUGACCUUGGCCGCAGCUACGUCACGCAGGUGAACCAGCCGCUGCAAACCAUCCUCAACCAGCUGUUCCCUGGCUACGGCAACGGCCGGUGA